AUGUUGGACUCAAAGCAUACAUCUCUUGUGCUAAUAACAUUGAUUGUCGUUCUGAGAGCCGGAUAUGCUCAACGCAUUCAGGAAGCACGAUCUGUCGAAGUCCCAAAAAUUCUCAGAGGCAGUUGGUUCAGUUGGGAAGGAUAUUCAAAACUUACAGUAUUAGAUGUAAAAAGUAUGAGCGAUCAUGGGAAGAUCAUUGAUCUUCAACGAAAUGGCAGUGACUUUGUAAUGAUUUUCAAAGACAGAUCAUGCUAUUAUUGUGUAAAAGCUUUCACAAGAACAAAUAAUGUGUUCGAGAAACUCGAAGGUCCGUGCGUGAACAUCAACAGUUAUGAAGAACCAACAUUUGAGAACGUCUGCAAAGGAAUUCGAAGUGAUCAACAACUUAUUACAUACUUCAAUGACAAUUAUGUUCCACUUUUAUGUCGUUCAUCACUUGAAGGUGUUUGGCAAUUCGCUUAUCAGAAUCGUUUCCGUUUCACUGGUGAAUGUGACAAUCCCGAUGCAAAAGUUCAAUCAUGUCAAACAGCUGGUACUCAAUUCUUAAUCACAAAUCAAAAGUUUAAUAUAACUUACAAGAAAUGUCCCGGAAUGGAUGGAACAUUUGAUGGUGUCGUUGAAUACAGUUGCUUAGGUGAUUGGUUCGUUGGAAAGAAUCAUUACUUUGCUGUAGCUAACACGAAAGAGUCUCGUAAAGAUGAAAAAUUCCGUUGCUUCUUAAAAAAUCGUGACGAUGAUCUUUAUCUUGGUGUCAGUAUUACUGCCGAAUGUAACACAUUACAAACAGUCGAAAAGUCACCUGAAAGAAUGAGAAUCACUCCAGUAAAAGCAGAAGUUGUUGAGCCUGGUUGUCGUUUACCACAAAACUUCAGCGGUGAAUGGAUCAACACAGCCAACAUCGAUGCUGAUGUUUUUAUUAACGAAACUCAUAUUAUUGAAACUUAUUAUCCAGACAAAGCCCGUUAUCGUCGAACAGUUUACGUUUGUCGUGAACAACGUGACACAAGAAUUAUGAUGGCUCGUUUGACAGUUGAUGGAUGUCAGAAAGAUUACGUUUGCUUUGAUUUCGUCCCAAAACAUCACAACAUCAUUCGUUAUCGUCGUGGACUUGCUGUUAUUAAAGAUGAUUUCAGUACUGUCUGUUCUUGGGUACAAUUUCCAAAUAAGGAACAAUGGAGAUAUGAUUUGUAUCUUGCAAGACAUCCAGUGCCAGUCAGAUGCCCCGUAGCCGGUAAAUAUAAUUUCACUCAAAAAGGUGAACAUCCAUUCAAGACAAGAAUACUUGGUGGUGUCACUUUAAGUCCACGUCCUGAUAUUCGAUGUAAACAAAACAUUUCCGAUUUGAGUGUUUGUGAUACUGAUCAGAAAGAGAUGUGGAUUGAUGAGAAUUAUUGUCUGUCAGUGGAUCAUUUGGGACGACCUGUUGAUAUCUAUUCAGAUCCAGAUUAUAAGAUGAAAUGUAUUGGCUUUUGGAAGGAGAAUCUCAGAUCUUAUCUCAUUACUUACGACGAUCUUGAUCCUUUAAGCAGAUAUCGUUGUUGGGUUUAUCAACGUGCUGAUCUCAAUCGAGUGUUGAUGUCGCAAGCUGUUGGUGCUUUUUGUUCAAUUAAUCAAGAAGUUACAUCUACAAACUACACGGAAGGUGCUGUUGUGGCUCUUGAUAUGGUAGAAUAUGAGAGAGAACGAGAUCAAUGUCCGCUUCAUUUCGACGAUGUUGUAGACCAUUACACUCGGAUGAGUAAAAUUGGAAAUCAAAAGCGAGUUGUCGGAGUUUUACUUGGAUGUUGGAGAGCUAAAGGAGUUUUAGAUGUCUCAAACAGUUUUGCUGUUCCAUUUGAUGAAGAUGAAAAAGAUAAAUCCGUGUGGUUUCUCGAUCAUGAUUAUUUAGAGUCAAUGUACGGGAUGUUUAAGAAAGUAAAUGCCCGCGAGAGAGUUGUUGGUUGGUAUCACACCGGACCAAAGUUACACCAAAACGACAUUGCGAUUAACGAAUUACUUCGUCGUUAUUGUCCCAAUUCAAUUUUGGUUAUCAUUGAUGCAAAGCCGAAAGAUUUGGGUUUGCCAACAGAAGCUUAUAUUGCUGUUGAAGAAGUUCAUGAAGAUGGAACACCCACAUCAAAAACAUUUGAACACGUACCAAGUGAAAUCGGUGCUGAGGAAGCUGAAGAAGUUGGAGUUGAACAUUUGUUGCGUGAUAUUAAGGAUACAACUGUCGGAAGUUUAUCGCAAAAAGUCACCAAUCAACUGUUGGGGUUAAAAGGCUUAAACUCACAACUUCGUGAUAUCAAGAAUUAUUUGCAGAAGGUCGGAAAUGGAGAGUUGCCGAUAAAUCAUCAGAUAACUUACCAGUUGCAAGAUAUUUUCAAUCUUCUUCCUGAUAUAAGUCAUGACAACUUUACUGAUACUCUGUACAUCAAAACAAAUGAUCAAAUGCUGGUUGUUUAUCUCGCUUCACUUGUUCGCUCAAUCAUUGCUUUGCAUAAUUUAAUUAAUAACAAACUUACAGAAGUCUGUCAGGAUUAAAUAUUAACGUUCUUUAUAUACAUUUUAAUCGCUUCGUUUUUCAAAAUAAAAAGCUUUUUGAAAUAAAAAAAAGUAAAUUAAAAACAUUUUCCUUUAUUUUUGCUUUUAUUAUAAGUUUAUUCUCAG